AUGGACGAACAAACCACAUUCACGGGGAAUGAGAAUGGUACUAAUAAGGCUACUCAGAAUGAUAACGAUAUUUUUAAUGAAGAUGAUGAUAGCAGCGACAACGAUUCCGUCUCGUCAUAUGAUAUAUUGCCUCCGGAGGAAGAUGUGGAUGUUGACAAUGUGCAAAAUAGUUUCCAGGAAUCAUUCGCAGAUAACUUGAGCCAGGAGGAGUCAGAUGGUGUUAGCGGUGAUCACGAUGAGGGGGGGAUCGACAUUGAGGAGGCUAGAAGGCAGCAGCAGAUGCUUGAGACACAUUGGAAGGUGAUGGCUAUGACCUUUCGGUCGCAAGGGGAUGCAUACAUAUUCUACAACAAUCACGCCAAAGAGAAUGGAUUUAGCAUCAGGAAACAGAAGGUGAAACGAGGUGCUUCAGGAAUGAUACGUUACCGGCGGUUUCUUUGCUCCAGGGCAGGGAGAAGGCAGAGCAAGUUUCUAACCAUGGAGGGCCGCAAGCGCAGGCUUAAACCGGAGACUCGUUGCGACUGCGGUGCACAUAUGGUGGUCAAGCUGGACAGAGAACAUGGCGUUUGGUUCGUCGCGUCAUUCGUGGACGAUCACAAUCACGCGAUGGCUAGGCCCGACGAGGUUUGUUUCCUGUGGUCACACAGACGGAUUGGAGAAGGCACGAGGGCAGAGAUAUUGGCGUUGGAAGCGGCCGGGAUAAGAAAGCAUAUAAUAAUGGACAACUGA